AUGUCAACAAGAUGCAUCGCCCGACCAGCUUCAUGCUUGUAUGUUCUUUCCAUCAGACCCUCCAUUCGCCUUGCAGCACGAAGAUCAUUAUCAACAACUAUACCACGAAAAGCCCCUCAGCCUUUAGCAUGCGUGCUGGGUACGUUUGAUGAUGCAUCCUUAUUCUCGUACACCUCAGGUCGAUAUCUGUUCAACGAGGAACUACGGUUAAAGGAACGUCAUGUUGAGUUCAACGUCGAAGCCCUACAACUUGCGGCCGAAGCUUCUGUCGGCAACAAGCACGGAAAGACUAUCAGCAUAAAAAAGCUAGCAGAGGGGGGUUUCAAUCGAGUCCUCAUCUUAAAGUUGCAGGACGGAUUCGAACUGAUCGCGAAGAUCCCAUACCACAUAGCCCGGCCUGAAUAUUUUGCCACUGCUAGUGAGGCCGCUACCCUUACGUUCCUUCGGUCAAUAGGCAUACCUGUCCCAGAAGUAUAUGACUACUCUGCAACGGCAGAUAACCCUGUCGGUACCGAAUAUGUUCUUAUGGAGAAGGCUCCUGGGAUCUGCCUCGCAUCCCGAUGGGAGCACCUUCAAGACCUUGAGAUACGACGGCUUGCGCAUAGUUUCGUUGAGCUCGAACAAAAACUUUUCAAGGUUCCUUUCAGUGCUACAGGUAGCUUGUACUUCAAGAAGGACAUCGCAUCUAGCCUACAAGCUCCAUUGUACACAGAGGAACAUGCCAGAGAAGCAAACCAGUUUUGCAUCGGGCCUAUUGCCGACUACAUGUUUUGGUACGGUAGAAGAGCUGGACUACAGGUGAACCAUGGACCAUGGAAAAAUCACGUUGAAUAUCUUCAAUCAGUAGCGAAGAAAGAGAUGGACUGGACAGAGCGUUAUGGCAGAUCACUAGAACCCGACUUUCCCCACAACGAUUUGGGACUAGGACUUCAGGAUCCACAGGACCAUCUCAAGCUUCUGGAGUACUACCAGUUGUUGACGCCACACCUGCUGCCGAAGAACCCUGCACACCCCUUCAAUCAGCCUAUGCUUCGUCAUCCUGACGUUACCCCUGGUAACAUUUUCAUAAUACCCGAGACUGGUCGACUCUCUUGUCUUAUCGAUUGGCAACACGCCAUCGUCCAGCCACGGCUCCUUGCCGCUGGCUACCCUCGUGCGUUCGAGAAUCCAGACGACGUACUCUCCCCUGAGCUAGUAGGACCUAAGCUUCCAGAGAAUUUCACAUCCUUACAAGCAGAUGAGCAAGCAGCGGCGCGCGAUCUCUAUCGCCGGCGUCUCCUCUUUUUCAGUUACCGUGUGCUCAACGGCCAUCUCAACCAGCACCACAUCGCAGCUUUACGUGACCCACUUCUUCUUGGUCGGCAGAUGCUCGUAGACAGGGCUGGCCGUCAGUGGGAAGGCAAUCUUGUAACACUCAAAGGGGCUAUCAUACGUGCAGUCCAGUUCUGGGAGCACUUGCCUGAUGUUGCGGAUACGGAGUGUCCCGUGCGGUUUGAUCAAACUGAAUUAGACAAGUUCAUAGAGAUUGAGGACGACUGGCUGAAGAUGAGCGUAGCUGUGGAGCAGUGGCGGCAGAGAGUCUGCAAUAUGACCGAGGAGGGAUGGGUGCGGAAUGAGGAUUAUGAGGAAGCGAAGAAGAAGCUUGAAGAGCUGAGAGAGGAGAUUCGACUGCAGUGUGAAGGGGAUGAAGAGGAUAUCCAAGCCUUCCGGACUGGUUGGCCAUUCCGCGAUCGCGAGGAAGUUGAUUAA